AUGAGUCGAAAGAAAAAUAAGAAGAAUAUUGAUGAAUCAUUUGGUGAAUUGCAAGAUAAUUCAUCGGUCGGCCGUCGACACAUCACGUUUCAACCACCGGCUCAAUUUGACUUCCAGUGCCCAGAAAAAUGGGAAAAAUGGUUUAAAAGAUUCGAAAGAUACCGGAUGGCGUCGGGGCUUGAUCAGGAACCAGAAGAAAAACAAGUGACUUCUUUAAUUUAUUGUAUGGGGGAGAAUGCUGAAGAUAUAUUGACUCGCUCCCAACUUCCUGAAGAAAAACUUAACUCCUAUAAAACUGUAAAGGCCGCAUUUGACGAAGCUUUUAUAGGGAAGCGGAAUAUACUUUAUGAGCGUGCUAAAUUUAAUUCUCGAAACCAGAAAAAAGGGGAGAUCUUUGAACAGUUUCUCACUGAUAUCAGCUUGAUGGCCGAACGUUGUGCUUUCCGGGAUCUUAGAGAUGAACUUGUUCGUGACCGUAUAGUUGUCGGUAUUUUAGAUAAGACUUUAUCCUCACAACUACAAGAGGAUGCUGACCUAACUUUGGAGAAAGCUAUACAAAAGGCAAAACAGAGAGAAUCCAUAAAAAAACAAACUUAUGAACUGGAGGAGAUUCAAUCAAAACCUUCAUCAGAAGUUGAUCGUAUCCAUUCCAGUUCGUCUAGCAAAUUUCCACUAAAGGAGUCCACAACUGAUAUUAUGGAAGGUGGGUGCUGGAAUUGUGGGGGUCCUAGACACCCACGAAAUUCUUGUCCAGCUAAGGACUAUACCUGUAAGUGUGGAAAAGUUGGCCAUUUUAAAAAAAUGUGCAAAUCAAAUACCAUUGUGGGUAAAUUCACAAAGAAAAUUGGGGAAUUGCGCGAAUCCUCGCAAAUUUCAGUCAGCGAGCAAGAGGAUGACGCAACGUACCUUGGAGCGUUGAAUACCAUUGGUGGAGUUUCCAAUGCUUGGGCAGAAGUUACAGCCAUACCAUCUAAUAUUCUAAAGCAAAUUCCAAAUCUUUUCAAGUCAGACAAAACUCUAAAAAAUGCCGACCAAAAUAUCAUGGUGGUGGAUGGCAUGUUUACGGCAGAUUUAGAAUUUAAUGGUCAGAAAGUGAAAGAAAAAAUAUAUGUAAUUCCUACUUUAAGUGAACCUUUGCUCGGAAUUACAGCCAUAAAAUCUCUUAACCUAAUCACAGUUCGAAAAUCGUAUGAAUCAGGCAAUAUUCAAUCAAUCGCCUUAGAUAAAGUUGUACAAGAGUAUCCCCAGCUUUUUAUGGGAUUAGGCAGUAAAGACCUGGAUAGCAUACCUAUACGAAUUCAACGAUUUAAGAUGAGGCUAAUGAAAUUCGAUUACACCAUUGAGCACAUUCCAGGAAAAGAAAUGUUUACAGCAGAUACUUUGAGCCGAGCACCUCUUUCUGAUUCGGAGGAUGAUUUCACUGCAAAAGUCGAAGCUCAUAUCAAGGUGGUUUCUUCGGGAUUCCCAACAACUCCAUCCAGACUCGAGGAAAUUAAAAACGCCCAAAGUCAGAAUCGUGAAUGUCAACUGUUAGUCGAGUAUGUUGAGAACGGUUGGCCAGAUCACAAAAAGAUGUACAGGAGUUGA